AUGAAUAUACGACGUAGUAUCAUUCAGAGGACAGGGGACAACGUAAGUGGGAUGAAGGACAUUUCAGUAUACACAUGGGUCCAUAUAUGUGAAUUUCUAUUACUGCAGGAUAAAAUUUGGGCAGACAUAAGGGUAUUGUUCGGAGCUCUAAAGAAUAAUUAUCAUACCAGGGAUCAAAGUACUAAAGCGAUGUGUCGCAUGGCAUACCCGUCUACAGUGCCACACGCACACGUCCACAGGUUACUGUGCCAACGCGUUAUGCACAUUUUUCUAUUUAUGGAUGGAAUAGAUUAUAUAAGUCAGGGAAAGUGGGAAAAGACACAUAUAUUUAAGAAUGAGGAGAGGCUAGAAGAAUAUCUUAGAUGUAUGCUAGGGAAUGUUGCUCUAUUACAGCUGUACGGGGAGAACUGUGAACACAUGGCAGUUGUAGAAAAAGUAUCCAACAGUAUGGAUACGUUAAGGCGAGCGUUUAGCCAUGUGGAUAUUAGUAAAAAAUGCGCAGGUCUGAAUUAUGAUAGCAUGAAAAUCGGAACAAAAUUUGUAGGAUUAACCAUGGGAGGAUGGAUGGAACAACUCAAGGGAACGGGGAAUGUAGGAAGUAUAAAAAGUGACAAACGAGUACAAAUAUGUAAGAAGAAGGAAAGAACAGAAAGAAUAGACGCUAAUGAAGAAGGAGUUAGAAAAAGGGACAACAUACCAAUUGUGACAAUGUCCAAGGAUAAGAGUGUGGACGAAGUGAAGCAAUUAAUUAUGAAAGGAAAGGAUAUGACGGAUGAAGUGAAGAAAAAAAUAAUUGAAACAGUGAGAGAUAGCACCAAUCCGGAGAAAAUGAUGGAGGAAAUAUUAGAGAGAGUGCAAAACUGUAGUGCUCAGGGUGACGAAUGCGUACAAAGCGCAUUAGAGCACGUCAAAACAUCUGUCAAACCAGCGCGAGACACACCGGUAGCACCGGGAGCCGCGGCAACACCGCCAGCGGCACCGACGGGUAAGGACCGAUGA